AUGCGUCCUUGUGGUGUUCUUAAAGGCCACGUGGACGGUAGGAUGAGUGUUGUCGUGGAGUGCAACACACUGGAGUUGAGUGUAGUGACGUACACCGAAAGCGUCGCCCCAGAGCCGGCACCUGAGCCUGCACCAGACGCUGCAGAUGAUCCGGCCCCUGAGCCUGCACCGGAUCCUGCAGAAGAUCCGGCUCCGGAACCGGCUGAUGAGCUAGCUCCAGAGCCCGAUCCAGAUCCGGAGCCAGACCCAGAUGCGGAACCAGAGCCAGAGCCAGAGCCAGAACCAGAACCAGAAGCAGAGGCAGAGCCUGAACCCGAGCCGGAGGCACUACCACCGUCACCCCCCAAACCAAUACCAAGACCUCCACCGAGGCCAAUCGCCGCUCCACCUCCGCCACCCAGGCCGAUAGAGAGAUCUUUCUCCAACUCUCGAUCUUUCUCCACCAGUACACGAGACUCGGAUAUGAUGGCAAACGAGGCCAUGAGCAUGGCAAGGGCCAAAGGCUUCAAGAAUGCCAUUGUUGUUAACUCUCACUUUCUGGUAACACUUUCAGAACCGGCAGAUGAGCCGGCUCCAGAGCCUGAUCCAGAUCCGGAACCAGACCCAGAGGCAGAACCAGAGCCAGAACCAGAACCAGAACCAGAGGCAGAGCCUGAGCCCGAACCCGAACCAGAGGCACUACCACCGUCGCCCCCCAAACCAAUACCAAGACCUCCACCGAGGCCAAUCGCCACUCCACCUCCAGUACCUAAGCCGAUAGAGAGAUCUUUCUGCAAUUCUCGAUCUUUCUCCAAUACACGAGACUCGGAUAUGAUGACAAAUGAACCGAUGAGCAUUGCAAGAGCCGCAGUCUUCAAGAAUGCCAUUGUUGUCACCUCUCGCUUUCGCGUAACACGUCUUAGAUACGGCAAGAGGUGCAGUGUUUUUGAGUUUGAAGAGGAAAUGAGAUGA